AUGAAGAAAUUGACAAUCCGUAAAAAAGCCAGUGAUUCGAAAAAGAAGCAGUCUGAGUUGUCAACUGAGGUGGGUAAUGUAACGGUAGAUGAGGUGUUGAUUGAUAGUUCUGAGUUGGUUUUAGCAAAUGUAGAUGGUAAUGCUGAUGAGGUUGAGGAUAGUAGUGAUGAUGAUUAUACAUAUGAUGAGGAACUUAGGUUGAUAGUAGAUAAGGAGGUUGAUGAACAAAACAGCAGAGACAUAUACUUUAAUGAUGAUGAACCGCAUUAUCCUACAUUCAACCCUGAGGUUGAUUUCAAGGGUAAGAUUAAUUUGUGUUUAGGCCUUAAGUUUCCUUCGACAUAUGUGCUUAGAAAAGCACUAAGGUACCAUGCUAUUGAAUGUGGUUACAAUUAUUAUUACCUGCAUAAUGGUACAAAUAGGAUAAGUGUGUAUUGCUACAACAGAUGCGAUUGCAUGAAAUCGAAAGGUAGAAUUGUGAACUGUGUUUGUGGGAAGGAGAAGAAGUGUUAUUUUAAGGUUCAUGCCAUGAAACUGAAAGACGAGGAGACAAUUCAAAUAAGGAAUGAUUGGAGGGACAAUCCAACUUGGGAAUUAAAGGCGUUUAAGAAACGGGUUAAUAGAGAGUUAGGUUGUGAAGUGAAUGAAGAGUAUAGCAGGGUGUGGGAUUAUGCGGAAGCAAUAAGGAGGUUUAGUCCAGGAAGCACUGCAAACGUUAAAUGCAUUGGAAUAGACACACCCCCACCUUUGUUCCAAAGGAUGUAUAUAUGCUUGACAGCGUGUAAGGAGGGAUUUGUUGCUGGCUGUAGGCCUAUUAUAGGUGUUGAUGGGGCACAUCUGAAGGGCAAAUUCCCUGGGGUUUUGUUGACUGCUGUAGGUAAAGAUGGGAACAAUAAUAUCUUUCCCAUUGCAUGGGCUGUGGUUGAAACAGAAAGUGUAGAAACUUGGACUUGGUUUCUAAAUCUUCUGGUAGAAGACCUUAGAUCGGUAACUGCAUCGAGUAGUUGGGUUCAAGUAGAAGUUGAAGCUUUCACCUUCAUGAGCGAUAGGCAAAAGGGUUUGGUUGAAGCUUUGAACUCAGUGGUUCCUGAAUGUGAAAUUAGGUUCUGCUGUAGGCAUAUAUGGGCGAACUUCAAGAUCAAGUUCCCUGGAGAGUUGUUCAAACAACACUUUUGGAGUGCAGCCAGAGCCUACAACAAGAAUCAUUUUGAUAGAGAAAUAAAUGUAAUAAAGAAUAUUUCUGUUGACGCAUAUGAAUAUCUAGCUGCUAUUCCUGCAAAACACUGGUCUAGGCAUGCUUUUUGUAGUAGGAGUAAGUCUGGGAUGUUGUUGAACAAUGUUUGUGAGGCAUUCAACAAUGUAUUAGUAGAAGCAAGGGGGAAGCCUAUAAUUUCUCUAAUGGAGUGGAUUAGGAGAUAUGUAAUGCAACGAAGCGCAGCCAAAAGGGAAGGGCUUAGUAACUUUGAAGGUGUGUUGAUGCCAGCUAUCACCAAAAUGAUUGAAAAACAUGCAAAAGAAAUAUACGGUUUAAGGGUAAUCCCAGUGGAUGUGUAUGAGUUUGAGGUGGAUGAUAUUGACGACUCUUACGUUGUAAACUUGGCCAACAAAACUUGCCAUUGUGGAAGUUGGGACCUAAUAGGGAUUCCUUGCAAACAUGUCGUUGCUUGUAUUGUUCUUAGAAAAUUAGAUGCCAACGACUUUGUCCACGAAGCGUAUCUCAUAGAAACGUAUCGAAAAACAUAUAGUCCAAAGUUUUAUGGUAUGCCAGGACACAAAAUGUGGCCAACAACCACUUUAGCCAAACCACUUCCUCCACCAUAUCGAAAGAUGCCUGGAAGGCCUAACAAGAGGAAGAGAAAGAAGGAAGUUGGUGAAGGUAAAGGAGGUAAGAAGGCUGUUAAAGAAUUCAAGCAACGGAGAUGUGGUAAUUGCGGUGACCUAGGUCACUAUAAAAAGGGCUGCAAGAAUCCACCUAAACCACCACCAACAAAGACCCAGUCAAAAGGUGGAAGGCCUAAAAUGGGAUCGUCUUCUACUCAACAAUCUAGCUCCAGUGGUCAACAACAAACGCAAAAUGCUGCAUCUACUUCAUGUCUAAUGGAUCAAAAUAGUCAAAUAUAG